AUGGAAAAACGGUUUCCAACCAUAGCCGAACUCUAUCAACGACUGAAAGACGAGUGUCCAGAUUUUCCGCAAGUGUGCAGCACCACAGUAAAAAAAUGGGUAAAAGAUAUAAAUUUUAUCUAUCGCAAAUUGGAGAACAGGCCUAUUUUAAUGGAAGUGAAUGCAAUAGCUGCUAAAAGAGCCGAAUAUCUAUACGCCAUCAAAAGAUAUAGAGAAACGGGUUGGAAUCUAUUUUUUACAGACGAAACAUGGUGUGGCGCAAACCAUUCAAAAAAAUUUGGUUGGGUGGAAUAUAUAACCCCGGAAAACCGCGACAGCUUUAACCAAUAUCGAGGAACCAUUCAAGAAAUCAAUGGGUACAGGGGUGGAAUCAAACGACCUUCUGGAGCUGGGCAACGGAUCAUUAUACUUGACAUCGGCAACGAAAACGGUUUUUUACCAGGAUGUAGCAAAUGCUUCAUUGGGAAGAAAGGGUCAGCAGAUUAUCAUGACGAAAUGAAUAAACAGCAUUUUGAGGAAUGGUUACGAUAUGUCUUGGGGGUGAUGCCCGAUAAGUCAGUUAUUGUACUUGAUCAAGCACCUUACCGUACAAUGUUGAAUCCUGAAUUUCGAAACCCAACAACUGCAUGGAGAAAAGCAGACAUAAUUGAAUGGUUAAAUAAGCGAAAAGUUCAGGUACCAGAACACUUCGAUACAUUCGAUCAAAUGACAAGGCCUUCACUUUUGCAAUUAUCUCGCAUGUACAAUUACAAAAAACAGUAUUUUCUGGAGAAAGUGGUAAACGAUGUUCGACAGGAUAAAGUGAAGCGUCUAUGGCUUCCAGUAGCCCAUUGUGAGUUCAACCCCAUUGAAUUGAUAUGGGCGUAUGUCAAAAAUAAAGUUGCAAAGCUAAACACAACAUUCAAAAUUAAAGACGUAUUAGACCUCUGCAAAGCAACAUUGGAAGAUGUGCCAAAAAGCGUUUGGGCUAAUUGUGUUCACCAUGCCAAGAAAGUAGAAGAUAUGUACCGAGAAAAAGAGAAUUUAAUAGAUGUCGCCAUAGAACCUUUGGUAAUAAAUCUCAACGACGAGGAUAGUGAUGACGCAGUUAUCGACUUUGAUGAAGAUGAUCUCGAAGAACAUAGCGAUAAUGAUGAUAAUGAAUGUAUAUGA